AUGUCCUCUCCAUCGCGCAAAAUUGAUUCAAGUAAGGUGUUGAAAGCUUCUGACCAGGUUGUGGAGCAUUCGCCUAAGGGUGCUGAAGGGGGUGAUUGUUUGAAGGGGUCUGGGAGAACUCGAGCUGCUGUGCCGAAUUUGCCGUUGGGUGAGGUGAGAGAAGCUAAGCUUCUCGUCAGGGAUCCGACUUGCUUAUCGAUGAGCUGA